GCACAACCAGGCAGCCCAAGGAAGGAGAAGUCCCUGGGGUGGAUUAUAAUUUCGUGACCGUUGACCGGUUUAUGGAAUUGGAGAAAAGUGGAGCCCUUCUAGAGAGCGGAACAUAUGAAGAUAACUUUUACGGUACCCCGAAGCCUCCGGCUGAGCCCAGCGCUCUGCUGCUAAAUGUAACGGACCAGCUGUUGCCGGGCGCCAGACCCACCUCCGAGGGCAAGAGGAAGCGUAACAAGUCGGUCAGCAACAUGGAAAAAGCCAGCAUCGAGCCCCCAGAGGAGGAGGAGGAGGAGAGACCCAUCGUCAAUGGCAACGGUGUUGCUGUCACCCCAGAGUCAAGCGAACAUGAGGACAAGAGCACAGACGCUUCGGGGGACAUCGCCCCGCAGAGCAACCCAGCAGAGGCCCCAGCCGAGCCACCCAAAGACGACGGUCUGUCCCCAAAAAUUACAGUACCCAAACCAGAGGAGAACGACGAGCUAGGGCCACUGCCUGACAACUGGGAGAUGGCAUACACAGAGAAAGGAGAGGUCUACUUCAUCGACCACAACACCAAGACAACAUCGUGGCUGGACCCGAGGCUAGCCAAGAAGGCAAAGCCGCCCGAGGAAUGCAAAGAGGAUGAGCUUCCGUACGGCUGGGAGAAAAUCGAUGACCCCAUUUACGGCAGCUACUAUGUCGACCAUAUAAAUAGAAGGACCCAGUUUGAGAACCCAGUCCUGGAGGCUAAAAGGAGACUCCAGCAGCAGCAGCAGAUGCAAAGCCAGGGUCUGUCCUCACUGCCCCUUCCCACCAUCUACAGAGAGAAGCCGCUGUUCACGCGGGACCCGACUCAGCUGAAAGGCAGUUUCUUGUCCACAUCCCUCCAAAAGAGCAACAUGGGCUUUGGCUUCACUAUUAUCGGAGGCGACGAGCCUGACGAAUUCCUCCAGGUCAAGAGCGUUAUCCCGGAUGGGCCGGCCGCAGCUGACGGAAAGAUGGCCACAGGUGAUGUCAUCGUCUACAUCAAUGACGUGUGUGUCCUGGGCACCACCCACGCCGACGUGGUCAAACUCUUCCAGUCGGUUCCAAUCGGCCAGAGCGUCACCCUCGUCCUGUGUCGUGGCUACCCUCUGCCCUACGACCCAGAGGAAGCUGCCAACACCAACAACAACACCACCACCACCAUCAUCUCCCCACUGGGCAUCAUGGAGCAGCGGCCCAUCAUGGUGAAUGGCAGGACGGGAUACGACAACUACCUGGACUAUCUGUCCCGCACGGCACGUUUUGUCACAGACCCCAGUCAGGACCAGGUCAACGCCCAGCAGCAGCUGCUCACCCCUCACCCGGGUGACACCCACCUAGACGGCUCGCUUCCUCCCACCACCGGCACCACACCUCCUGACAGCGUCUCCAUGGCGUCGUCGGGGGCGACCCAGGGAGAACUUCUGACCCUGACCAUGGUGAAGGGCAUGGAUGGUUUUGGCUUCACCAUCGCGGACAGCGCUACGGGCCAGCGAGUGAAACAAGUGCUGGAGCCUAUGGGCUGCCCGGGCCUGUGCGAGGGUGACCUGAUUGUGGAGAUUAACAAGCAACCCGUGCAGGGAUUCACACACACGCAGGUGGUGGAGCUUCUCAAGGAGUGUGGCGUCGGAGCUGAGACCUGCCUGGUGGUUGGGAGAGGUGGAAUAGGUCACUAUUCACCCUGGAAGACCCCUAAGCAGGUGCUGGAGCAGUGGGAGUCCCAGCAGGGCCAGAGCAGCCCUGCUCAGACCAGCCUGUCAGCCCCCGUUAUCCCACACAGCGCCCCCUUCCCAACCCACCAUCUCCACAGGGCCUCGGUCCCAGACUCAGCCUCCGAGGCCUUGGCCCUGGCAAAACCAGACCCCUAUGACCUUUAUGAGAAGUCCAGGGCUAUCUAUGAGAGUAGGCAACCUGGUCAACCAAGGACGGUUUUUCCUGUGGAUUCCUCAGGAGCAGAGUACCAGGACAUCGAGGUGCACCUGCGCAGACAGAAGUCCGGCUUCGGUUUCCGGGUGCUGGGCGGGGAUGAGGCUGGGCAGCCUGUGAGUCCGGAGACGCGUGAGAAGAUCUUGAUUGGUGCGAUCAUCGAGAAGAGCCCGGCAGACCUAGAUGGACGCUUACGGCCCGGUGAUGAGCUGCUGUUUGUGGACGGGAUCCCAGUGGUGGGGAAGCCACACAGAUACGUCAUUGACUUGAUGCACGGGGCGGCACGGAACGGUCAAGUGAAUCUGGUGAUCAGGAGGAGGGUCCAGGCAGCAGGUGAGUCCUGUCCGGAGAACGGCCGUAGCCCUGGCUCUGUCUCCACACAGCACAGCUCCCCCCGCAGUGACUUCACAUAUGGCAACAGCACCAUCACUACCCAGGCACCCAACGCCGGCAUGGGCAACACCAACACCGCUUCAGACAGGACAUCGACCCCCAACACACAACCCAGUGAUGUCAUCAUCAAUCGAAAGGAGAGCGAAGGCUUCGGUUUCGUCAUCAUCAGUUCGCUCAACCGGCCCGAAGCAGCGGCCACCAACACUGUGCCCCAUAAAAUUGGCCGCAUUAUCGAGGGCAGCCCGGCUGACCGCUGCGGGAAGCUGAAGGUAGGAGACAGGAUACUGGCAGUGAACAGCCAGUCCAUCGUCAACAUGCCGCACGCCGACAUCGUUAAGCUGAUCAAGGAUGCGGGCCUCAGCGUCACCCUGAGGAUCAUACCACAGGAAGAGAUCAGCAAUCCCCCAUCAGCGCCCAGCUCAGAGAAGCAGAGCCCCAUGGCCCAGCAGCACAGCCCGAAGAUCCAGCCAAUCUCCACCGCGUCACAGCCGAACCCAGCUGCGACAGAACCCAACCCUUCUGUCAGCCAGCCCAACCCCAUGCCACACCAGAGCCCUGUGACCCAGCUGCCUGCCCCUCCGCCGCAGACCUACACCCACGAGAGCAGUUACAGGUCAGAGGUGAAGGCGAGGCAGGAUGUUAAACCAGACAUCAGACAGCCGCCGUUCACAGAUUACCGACAGCCGCCAGUGGACUACCGGCAUCCUCCUGUGGCAGACUACAGGCAGCCACCCACGUUGGACUACAGACAUCCGCCGCUGCUCGACUACCGACAGCUAGCUACUGACGCCAGGCAGUUUACCAUCCCAGAAUAUCGAAUGCCACCGGUUCAACUUGCGCAGGACUUUGACUUCUUCACAGUGGAGCUGGAGAAAAGCGUGAAAGGCUUCGGUUUUAGCAUCCGCGGAGGACGGGAGUACAAGAUGGACCUGUUUGUCCUACGACUGGCCGAGGAUGGGCCGGCCAUCCGCAACGGGAGGAUGAGGGUUGGGGACCAAAUCAUUGAGAUCAAUGGAGAGAGCACCCGGGACAUGACUCACGCCAGAGCCAUCGAGCUGAUCAAAUCUGGAGGCAGGCGUGUUCGUCUCCUCUUAAAGAGGGGUACAGGGCAGGUCCCAGAGUAUGAUAAUGCCGCCCCAUGGGAUGCUCGCCCUUCAGCCUCCCCAAGCUUGUCGGAAGUAGCCCCUCCCAUCGACAGCCUUUCCAUGUCAUCGCCUUCAUCUCAUCUGGCCCCGGCCCCCGACCCACCUCACCUGCCGCCUCUGGACGUCCCUCGAGACACGGUGGCAGGAGACAGCAGGAAGGAGCGUUCAAAGAGUCCCCAGAAGGCCGAGCUGCUAAAUCCAGAUCCGAUUAGCCAGGGGAGGAGAGCGGCUACAACCGGUGGGAGCGGAAGAGCUAAAAAGGAGGGUGGCAGGUCCACCCACAAGGGGCACAGGGUGCAGCCCACUACUGAGGGGGAAGGAGGCAAGGAGGGGCAGAGAGGGGAGCCCAAACCUUCCAGGAGCACCAGAGGGAGGUCCAAGGAGAGACAUACUGGGGACACCAGAGAAACCACCCAAUCUCCCAGCGCCUCCAAGCUCCCACACACUAACGGGAACAGCAGGGAUGUGGAGCGUUACAGUGGCGGGCAGCAGCAGGUGGAUUCAGAGCAGAGCAACCCCAGACCCAGGGAACUGGACAGGGGCCUGGGAGAGAGCCGGCCCAGCCUGCCCAAUAAGAGCACCACCAGCAGCGGCAGCGCAGCAGGGAGGAAGGCCACGGUCUCUCCUGGGCCUUGGAAGAUCCCUGGAUCAGACAAGCUGCCCAGCACACUGCGCACAGGCACAUCCACGCUGAGCAGAUAACACCGCGGCUCCAGCAGAGUACAGUGGCCACACUCAUCUGAACUAAAACCACCCCAUCUGGAUGAAACCACCAUCCCCACACCUUCCUGUGCUCCUUUAAUCCCCCCUCAGUCCCAUUCUCCCACAGACCAUGGAGUCAAAACCACGUGGGGGGGGCAGGGUGAUCUGGACCACGUGUUUUUAGAGUUUUAUUUAUGAUACUGUACUCUAAAUUAUUUUGAGAAAUAUUUUACACCCACCACCUUAAGAACUGGAAAAUCAUCCACUUUAAAAAGAAAAAAAAAAGAGCAAGUAGAAUGUGUGUGUAGCGUGGCGGGGAAUCCUUCGAGGGGUACAAACUUUGAAGAACUCAAUUUUGAGUUCUCCCCAAAAACUGGGGGACAAACAUGCAAAUAUAACAACUGACAGGAAGCAACUGUCGGUUGCCAUUGGAAUUUUUAUAUAUAUAUAUAUAAAUAUAUAUAUAUCUUCACAAUGGAGUCUGUUUUAUGAACUGGAAUGUUAAAAAAGAAGGUUUGCCUGUUUUUGACGAGAGCGAAUGGAACAAAUAGUGACAGCGGAGAUUAAAUCUACUCAUCAACAGAACUUUGCCUUAACAGAGACUGUAUGGGGCCUGAAUCUGUCUUGAAUAAUCUAUCAGAUGAUUAUAGACAUAGAUAUAUUAUAAUUGAAUAUGAAUAUGUGGGAUCAUUUUGUAAAUAAGAUCAUCUUUUAAUGAACAGAACCUUAGUUGAGCCGAUGGAAAAUUCUAGCCCGCGCAAACAUGGAUAAGAAACAUUCACCACACCGACUGCUCCCUCUUCUACACUCCCGUUCGGCCCUGUGAUUGCGGGUUGGGGUCUCGGCACGGCCUGCUGCGGUCGACUGCACGCUUGAAUCAUCCCAAGUUCAGCGGGGUGGGGGUGGGUGGCGGGGGGUGGCGUGUCUAUCCAUUUUUUCCCAUUUCUGUGCUUAACAAACUAAGCAAUCCACGACGGUGGUGUCCAGCCGGAUGCUGAGAAGAAGAGGCUCGCGUGAUACCGACCAAGGGGCAGAGUGCCUUAGACUGACAGAGAGGUUGGCUUUAAGUUAAAGGUUCAACUCCAAAACACUUAAGAGGGGUUCAAAACAGGCUGCUAUACAACACCAACUCUACAGAUAUAAAUAAUAAACAGUAUUUUUUCAGAUACGAGUGUGAUAUGGUGAAAUACAUAAUUUAUUUCACAAGCUUAUGUAUGAAAAUUAGUCCAUUAGCAAGAGGUAUUGACGGUCCUUAUUUGUGCAAGUGGUUCAUUCUGGGUCAUGGUAGUUUUCAUUACUGAUUUCUUAAUGAGGUCUGACACUAGUAAUUUCCAUGAAGAAUGUUAUAAUCAGAUGUCAGCGCGGAGCAGAGCGUCGCACCCAAACCAAACUAAACCAGCGAAAAAUCUGAUAUUGAAUCAAUCUCACAUGUCGAAAGCUCACCCGCCUAACAACGUGUAACCUGAAUGAAUGAACGCCCUCAAUUUCAAAAUGAAACACUUCUAUCAUUUCCAGGUCGACUGAGGAGAGGGGUUGCACCUGUCGCAGCCACUAUCAGCUGCUGAGUUUGAUUUGUUUCAGGUGAUUCUGUCUACACUGUGUGAUAUUAAGCAGUACAUCUCCAAGCCAAAGCUCCCUGCAGAUUUCCAUUUGUCUCAGCAUACACAUUACCUGCCCCAGAAUUUGACUCAAUUUGAAGGCUAUGCGCUACAACAUAAAUGUCCACAUGUAAAUUUUUAUACAACUUGACAUCUCCCUAAACUCUGCCCCCCCCCUUAGUUACUGUUGCUAUGCUUGUCAAUCUCUCCACUCUGGUUGGGUUUACAGUGAUAGCGAUGGCAGAUUUUACAACUCCAAGUUCUUGAUCAUUUUCGACACAAUGGGUCCUUUGUUUGAGACAGAAGUAAACAAAAAGCUGCUUCUCAUUUCUAGCUGCCGGCUGACAUUGACAACUCUCACUGGCAGAUUUUAUCUGCUGUAACUAGUUAGCUAAUUACACUAAUGCUAGCUCCAUGAGCCGGCUCCAAACUGUCUCUGGCUGACUCGUUUAAAACAAGCAUCUUGGCUUCUCGCUUUAUUUGGAUAGUCCGCCUACAGAUAGUUUAUAGAGUACAUUUCAACGGCUUAUUGCUUGUGCAGGGUGACAACUGCUCCACCUGCUUACAUCUUUUCUGAGGUGCUGGAAGCGUCAGCGUGUCCAAACAGAAAGUGAAGAUUUUCCACACGCUUUGAUCCAUGCAAUAUAUAAAAGCUUUUAUGUGCUCCGAUGAAGGUCAGAUAGACUGAAAGCUUGCUGAAUAAAGGGAUAUAUUGCAUGGAUGUAAGCAGAUAUCUUCACUUUUUCACCACACCUUUCACUGGCUAUUAU